AUGAAGACGAAAGUGUGGCUUUCCACAGUGUUCACACUGAUCCUUCAGCCCAUCGGGAUUCAUGGAUUCGCAUCUCACGAUAUCACGACAAGAAUAAGCAACAAAAAACCAUUGCUGUUUGCUUACUACAACAACAGAGGCGAUGCCUUCUUUCCUCAAGAGGACAUGGAAUUGUUGCACGACCGAAUUCGAACUCUCAAGGUGUCAAUUCUGGAAGACGAACUGAAGCGCCCACCUAAUACAUCGACGUCGCCGACCGAACUGGUGCAAAAUAUCAUACAGGGCUUGUUGCAUCCAUUUGACCCUCUGCCGGACGCUGGUUUUCGUCUCAUUCUACGAACGGCCACGAAAAAGUGGAAACGAAGAAUCUUGCACUCGGUCGGAGCGAACGAUGACGCCGACGCGGAGAUUGUCGCUUCUGCACUUGGCGCUGCUAUUGGACGCCCAGACAACCAAUUCGCAAUUCUAGUCGGAGAAGGAGAGAACUUCACUGUAGAAUUGUCAGAGCCGUUGAAUUUUGGCGACGAAUGUUGGUUGGAAUGUAGAUUGCGAGACAAGAAUACGUCCAAGCUCCUUGUAAUUACAGGUUGGAACUUGGUCUUGGAAGAUGGUAUGUGGCUUGUUGACAAUAUAGAUUGGCAAGACUUUCGAGAAAGUUUUAGGCCAGGAAUAGGUCGAGAGGAAUGGAUGCGAGAUACCUGGUAG